GGAGAAAGCGAGGGACCUGCAGCUUCACGUGCGGCGGGGUUGCCAAGUCCACCUGCGGGGCAUGGGGGCAAGUCAUUCUUCCAUAAGAGUUAACCGUAACUAAAAUUUGCAGAAUGAAAAGAUGGCACAAGCGCUGGUGGCACCACCUGGACCCGAAUGCUUCUUCCGUUUCACAAAGGAAUCCCUUGCAGCUAUCGAGCAGCGAAUUAAGGAAGAAAAUGCAAAUCAAACAGAACAAGAACCAGAGGAUGACAGCAGUGAAAACAAACCAAAGCCAAACGCUGACUUGGAGGCAGGGAAGAAGCUGCCCUUCAUUUAUGGAGACACGCCUCCAGGAAUGGUGUCUGUGCCCUUGGAAGACUUGGACCCUUACUACGCAAACAAAAGAACUUUUAUAGUAUUGAACAAAGGGAAGACCAUCUUCAGAUUCAGUGCCACACCUGCCUUGUACUUGUUAAGCCCUUUCAAUAUUCUUAGAAGAAUUUCUAUUAAGAUUUUGGUGCACUCAUUAUUCAGCAUGUUUAUUAUGUGCACUAUUCUGUCAAACUGUGCAGUCAUGACCCAGAGUGAACCUCGCGAAUGGACAAAAUAUGUCGAAUACACUUUCACUGGAAUUUACACAUUUGAGUGCCUCAUAAAAAUUUUUGCAAGAGGUUUUUGUAUAGAUGCUUUUACAUUCCUUAGAGACCCUUGGAAUUGGCUUGAUUUCACUGUCAUUUUAUUUGCGUAUGUAACAGAAUUUGUAAACCUAGGCAAUGUUUCAGCUCUUCGAACUUUCAGAGUAUUGAGAGCUUUGAAAACUAUUUCUGUAAUUCCAGGCCUAAAAACUAUUGUAGGGGCCCUGAUUCAAUCUGUGAAGAAGCUCUCAGAUGUAAUGAUCCUUACUGUGUUUUGUCUGAGUGUGUUUGCCCUUGUGGGGUUGCAACUUUUUAUGGGCAACUUGAGGCAUAAAUGUGUGCAGUGGCCUCCAAGAAAUUCUUCUGAAGCCAAUGAAUUAGAUGCCAACUGGACUGAGUAUGUUUGGACUGUGUACAUUUACCAAGAAGAAUUGUAUUACAAGUUGCCAGAUGCAAAGGAUCCCUUGCUUUGUGGUAAUGGUUCAGAUGUUGGCCAAUGUCCUGAUGGGUACAGGUGUUUAGAAACUGGUGAAAACCCCAAUCUUAGCUGCUCCUGAAAAAACUUUGAUUCUUUUCCCUGGGCCUUUUUGACACUUUUUCGGCUGAUGACUCAAGACGCCUGGGAAAACCUUUAUCAACUGACCUUGCGGGCUGCUGGCAAAGUAUACAUGGUCUUUUUUGUCCUGGUAAUCUUCCUGGGGUCUUUCUAUCUGAUCAACUUGAUCCUGGCUGUCGUCGCCAUGGCCUAUGAGGAACAGAAUCAAGCCACCAUCGAAGAAGCGGAGCGGAAAGAGGCUGAAUAUCAGCAGAUGCUUGAAGAGCUGAAAAGGCACCAAGAGGAAGCUCAGGCAAUAGCGGCAGCAGCGGCAGAAUACAGAGACAUCAGUGGCGAAGGUGGGGGCGGGAGACUUUCCAAAACUUCAUCAGAAUUGUCAAGACUCAGCUCAAAAAGUGCUAAAGAAAGAAGAAACCGACGGAAAAAAAGGCAGAGAGAGCUGUCUUUAAGCAACGAUACAGCUGAUGGAAAAAAUAUCCCUAAAUCUGAAUCGGAUGGUAGCAUCAAAAAAGGAGUCGUCCCCUAUGAAAAGAGGUUCUAUUCUCCUCCAUACCAGUCAACGCUGAGCGUGUUUUCGCCAAGCCGCCCUCGCCGAACCAGUCUUUUCAGCUUCAAAAGUCAGAUCGUCGAAGGGGGAUCAGAGAAUGAUGCCGAUAGUGAGCACAGCACAAUCGAAGACAACGGGAGCUGUAACGGUUCCUUUUUCGUCCUGCGCCGCAGCAGCAUACUUAGUCAGUCCAUGAGGCCUUCGUGGCCGGUUAACGGAAAGAUGCAAAGCAGCGUGGAUCGUAAUGGGGUGGUUUCCUUGGUAGGAGGACCGCCAGCACUCCGGUCGCCCACAGGACAGCUUCUCCCAGAGAGCACUACUAGCGAAAGCCGGAAGAGGCGGUCAAGUUCUUUUCAGCUGUCAAUGGAUUUAUUGGAAGACCCCACCUUAAGGCAAAGAGCAAUGAGUAUCGCAAGCAUAAUCACAAACACAAUGGAAGAACUUGAGGAAUCCCGGCAGAAGUGUCCGCCUUGCUGGAAUAAAUUUGCCCACACUUACUUGAUCUGGAACUGUUGUGAUACAUGGUUAAAAAUAAAGAAAAUUGUCCAUUUAAUUGUGAUGGAUCCAUUUGUUGAUCUUAGCAUUACCAUCUGCAUAGUUCUAAACACUCUAUUCAUGGCCAUGGAACAUCAUCCAAUGGAAAAGUCUUUUGAAGAAGUUCUUAAAACUGGAAACCUGGUCUUCACUGGGAUCUUCACUGCUGAAAUGGUCCUCAAGAUAAUAGCUAUGGAUCCUUACUAUUAUUUCCAAGAAGGCUGGAAUAUUUUUGAUGGCAUUAUUGUCAGCCUCAGUUUAAUGGAGCUGGGUCUUGCAAAUGUGGAAGGAUUGUCAGUUCUACGAUCAUUCAGAUUGCUUCGGGUCUUCAAGCUGGCAAAAUCCUGGCCAACUUUAAAUAUGCUCAUAAAGAUUAUUGGGAACUCGGUUGGUGCUCUAGGAAAUCUGACCUUGGUCCUGGCCAUCAUUGUUUUCAUUUUUGCUGUGGUUGGCAUGCAACUGUUUGGUAAAAACUAUGUGGCGUGUGUCUGCAAAAUUGAUGACGACUGCACACUUCCACGCUGGCACAUGAAUGACUUUUUCCACUCUUUCUUGAUCAUCUUCCGAAUUCUUUGUGGAGAAUGGAUAGAGACUAUGUGGGACUGUAUGGAAGUUGCAGGUCAGACCAUGUGCCUGAUUGUAUUUCUGCUCGUCAUGGUGAUUGGAAACCUGGUGGUACUGAACCUCUUUCUGGCGUUGUUAUUGAGCUCUUUCAGUUCAGACAGUCUUUCCGCUACAGAAGAGGACACAGAUGCAAAUAAUCUCCAGAUUGCUAUAGCAAGGAUUCAUAGGGGAAUCGAUUUUGUGAAGAAACAACUGUAUGAAUUUGUCCAAACUAUUUGUUUUCAAAAAAGUAAGGCUGCCACAGCUAUUAAAACAGCUGGUGAACAAAACAACAAGAACGGUGGGGGCAUUCCCAAUCAUACUGUAGCUGAAAUCAGCCGUGCUCUAGAAUAUCACCAGGAUAAAAGCACAGCUGCAAUUUUUGUGGAUUGCUGUGAUCCCAUGUCAUUUAUCAACAAUUCAAGUCUCACCGUCACAGUACCCAUUGCUCUGGGAGAAUCUGACUUUGACCCUGGAAAUACAGAGGAAGUUAGCAGUAUAUCUGAAGUUGAGGAAAUGAAAGAGAAAUUAAGUAUUUCCAGUUCCACUGAUUGUAGCACAGUUGAAGUUGAUCACCUGGGAGAUGAAGAAGCAGAAGCUUUGCUCGAUGACCCAACAGAACCAAAAGCUUGUUUUACUGAAGACUGUGUACGGAAAUUCAGAUGCUGCCAAGUGAGCAUAGAAGCUGGGACAGGCAGAUGCUGGUGGAACCUUCGCAAAACUUGCUACAGGAUUGUGGAGCACAGCUGGUUUGAAACCUUCAUUGUCUUCAUGAUUCUUCUCAGCAGUGGUGCUUUGGCUUUUGAAGACAUCUAUAUCGAACAACGUAAGACUAUCAAGAUUGUCCUUGACUAUGCAGACAAACUCUUCACGUUUAUCUUCAUUCUGGAAAUGAUUCUUAAAUGGGUGGCUUAUGGCUUUCAAGUCUACUUCACUAACGCUUGGUGUUGGCUGGAUUUCUUGAUUGUUGAUGUGUCCAUAGUGAGUCUAACAGCUACCGCUUUGGGUUAUUCUGAAUUUGGAGCCAUUAAAUCACUUCGGACGCUAAGAGCGCUGAGACCUCUGAGAGCCUUAUCACGAUUUGAAGGAAUGAGGGUGGUUGUGAACGCCCUCAUUGGAGCCAUACCAUCUAUUAUGAACGUACUUCUCGUUUGUCUUAUAUUCUGGCUAAUUUUCAGUAUCAUGGGGGUGAAUCUAUUUGCUGGCAAAUUUUACCAUUGUAUUAACACCACAACUGGAAAGAACAUGGAGGAUGAAUUAAUUCAGAACAAAACCGAUUGUGAACGUUUCAACAUUACUAACGAGACGAGAUGGGUAAAUGUGAAAGUAAACUUUGAUAAUGUUGGAACUGGAUAUCUUUCACUACUACAAGUGGCCACCUUUAAGGGAUGGAUGCCUAUAAUGUAUGCAGCUGUUGAUUCAAGAAAGGUCAACCAACAGCCAAUCUAUGAGGACAGCCUUUAUAUGUAUAUUUACUUUGUCAUCUUUAUUAUAUUUGGUGCAUUCUUCACCCUGAAUCUUUUCAUUGGUGUCAUAAUUGAUAACUUCAACCAACAGAAAAAGAAGUUAGGAGGUCAAGACAUAUUUAUGACAGAAGAACAGAAGAAGUAUUACAAUGCAAUGAAAAAACUGGGGUCCAAGAAACCACAAAAGCCUAUCCCUAGACCUGCAAAUGCAUUCCAGGGUAUCAUUUUUGAUUUGGUCACCAAGCAAGCAUUUGAUAUUGCCAUCAUGGUCCUUAUCUGUCUCAAUAUGUUUACCAUGAUGGUAGAAACAAACGACCAGACUAAAAAAAUGACAGACACUUUGUACUGGAUCAAUGUGGUUUUCAUUAUCCUUUUCACGGGAGAGUUCAUCCUGAAAUUGAUUGCACUCCGUUAUUACUAUUUCACAAUUGGUUGGAAUAUAUUUGACGUCGUGGUUGUUAUUCUCUCCAUUGUAGGUAUGUUUCUAGCAGACCUUAUUGAGAAAUACUUUUUGUCCCCUACCUUGUUCCGAGUUAUCCGACUUGCCAGGAUAGGUCGAAUCCUGCGGCUUAUCAAGGGAGCUAAAGGGAUCCGUACUCUGCUUUUCGCCUUGAUGAUGUCUCUGCCUGCCUUGUUUAACAUUGGUCUCCUGCUUUUUCUCAUCAUGUUCAUCUACGCUAUCUUUGGAAUGUCCAACUUUGCUUAUGUUAAAAAGGAAGAAGGGAUUGAUGACAUGUUCAAUUUUGAAACCUUUGGCAACAGCAUGAUCUGCCUUUUUCAAAUUACCACCUCCGCUGGUUGGGAUGGUUUGCUAGCCCCCAUUCUCAACAGCGGGCCCCCAGACUGUGACCCUGAGAAAGAUAAUCCAGGAAGCUCAACCAAAGGAGAUUGUGGCAAUCCUUCUGUUGGGAUUUUCUUCUUUGUCAAGUUCACAUUAUCAUAAUCAUUUCUAGUUGUGGUAAACAUGUACAUUGCAGUUAUUCUGGAGAACUUUGGUGUUGCUACAGAAGAAAGUGCUGAGCCUUUAGGUGAAGAUGACUUUGAAAUGUUCUAUGAAGUCUGGGAAAAAUUUGAUCCAGAUGCAACUCAGUUUAUAGAAUACUGUAAUCUUUUUGAUUUUGCUGCCUCUUUAGAGCCUCCUCUUCUAAUCCCCAAACCAAAUAAGAUACAACUUAUUGCAAUGGACUUGCCUAUGGUAAGUGGAGACAGAAUUCACUGCCUUGACAUCUUGUUUGCCUUCACAAAACGUGUUUUGGGUGAAAGCGAUCAACUGGAUACCCUUCGGGUUCAAAUGGAAGAUCGGUUUAUGGCAGCCAAUCCUUCUAAAGUCUCCUAUGAACCAAUCACAACUACACUGAAACGAAAACUUGAGGAAGAGUCUGCUAAAAUUAUUCAGCGAGCUUUUCGGUUGUACCGCUUGAAGAGAACUGUAAUCAAAGUUUCAUUCAUGUACGAAAAAGAUGAAGAUGACUUUACUAUAAAAAAUGACAUGAUUAUUGAUAAAUUAAGUUUGAACUCAACUCUGCAGAAGACAGACAGGAGCUCCUCCACAACGUCGCCUCCUUCGUAUGACAGCGUAACAAAGCCCGACAAAUAUGAGCAGGAAACACCAGAAAAAGAAGAUAAAAAUGUUUCAAGUGACAGGAACAUGUAAAAGGGAACAAAAGGAACAAAACAGUUCUGUUCGCAACAUAUUGUUUACAGCAUAAAGGAACGCUAAUGCCAACAGGAAAGUUAAUGCCAAACUAAUCAUUUCCAAAGUUAUCCAUUAUCAUACAUACAUGCACCUAAGGUCAGAAUUUAAUACAAACCAGCUGUCAUCUUACUGGGGACUUGGUAAUUUAGUAACAGGUCCAUCGAGACAGUACUGUUCUUCUUACCAGCUGGCAUGGAUGAAGAAGGCUGCACAGAAUGGCUACAGACUGUCAAAAUAUACCACUGAUAAUGGGUAUGUUAACUAAAACACCCCAGUGCUGCAGUAAUUGUACCAGUGUGUUUGUUUCAACAGCUACAUAUGUCUCGUCUGACAAAUGUCUAUGGGUGCAGUUAUAUUUCAGAUUCCAGAUCACUGUUUCUUAUUACAUUGAGCACAGGAGCUGAGUGCUCUUUCUCAGAUAUUUGUUUUACACCUCAUUUUACCCCCUCUUUAGCACUUAAUGACAAUGUAACUCUUAGGAGCCUUAUUCAUUGUGGGCUUGGCUGAAUGCAAACCACACAAGCGAAAGUCUUGGCUCUGCUGCAACAAGUUUGAGUUCUGUCAGUAAGAAGUGUAUCCUGUAGGUGGAACUGUCAAAGGAAUUUUUGAGGGUGCUGCUUUUAGUGUCAGUACGUCACCUCCAUCAAGAUUAACAUUUUGAAAGAAUGUGAUAGUGAAAUGGGAUGCUAAAGCAUCCAUGGGGAAGUUGCAUUUUUGGUUCAGAGCUUUAACAAGACUGAAGUUUUAUGUGAACAUACCGAAGAGUUUUGUCCAAAUUUGUCCCAGUGGUCUCUAAAGCACCCCCCGCCCUGAAUAAGAGGCAACUAAAGGUUUUACAGCAAAUUUGGAAGUGUUUUUUGGAGCUUGGUGUUCCAAGAGACCCCUUAGGAGUUCCAGAGUGAGGAGAAAAUCGCGAGUGAAUGGUGGAAUGCACCUUUUCAUGUGGUUAACUAAAAGAUGCUAGAACUUCUAUAGAAAGCUCCUGUAGGAGGGAAAAGCAGUAUUAUAUCUUAAUCUACCUGAUAUUAAAAGUAUUCCAGUGUCAUUUUAAAAGUGAUUCGAAGGAUCAGGAAAGCAAGGUAGGGCACAAGACAAGCUAAUAAGUAGUUAUGAUAUAAAUUAGUGCUUGUUAUGCUAGAGAGGAAUAACUUUGGGUUAAACUGGUCAUGACGACCACAGGACCAACCUGUGGUCACCAAUUCUGUUUCAGAGGAGAAUUUAGCCAAGCAACAGCAACAGAUCUUGAUCCCCCCCCCCUUUGUGUAUUAACAGAGCAAUUUGUGGAACUAUUAAAAUGGCUGAAUUCUCCUCUAAAAUGGCAUCAGUGUGGCAACCAUCACAUCUAGUUUGGCCCUAAGGUUCUGACAAGGAAGGAAUUUCCCCACGUCAACAUUUUGAAUGAAAGGGACAACCUGAUACACAGACCAUUGCCCACACUGAAAUAUCUGAAACCUGCACAGAGGAUUACAGGUGAAAUUGAAAGUCUAGGAAGUUGUGUAGCACUUUAUUGAUAAGACAGGUGUAAAAUCCACAUGGGUUCUCUUUUUGUGCAAAACUCUUUGAAGGGGUUGGGCUAGUUUUCACCAGGGUCACCAUUUUUCUAUUCCUCAUAAUCCCCUCUAAUUUUUUAGGCUUCAAAUUUUGUGCAUUUUUUGAGAUAUUUUCCUUCAGAAGAAAAUCCAAUCCAGGAUAUCUGUGAAAUAUAAGAAUGCAAAAGCCACACGGAUUUUAAAUUUCUGUUUUUGUGUGUUUGUGUCCCCAAAAUCAGUUCAUCAAUUUCUAUUUCUAAACAGAGUAACAACAGUAUGUCAGAAUCAGUCCAGACAAACAUAUACAUAUGCUAAAACACGGUGAAGUAUGAUGACCAUCCAUGCCCCCUUGUUUGUUCAGUUUGGAGGGUACUGUCAUAAAAAAAAGAUUUCUCUCACACAGAGACAAAACACAAGCAUAUCCCAUAACUGGCGAUGACAGAAUAUGGCCAGAAGCCUGCGUUCAAAACAACACUACUUACUUCAGAUAAUUUAUUAGUCCCAUGUUUAUUUUUAUUAGAUUUUAAAGGUAUUUCUCAGUUCUGCAUUCUUUACUUGAAAGUGUUAGUUUACUCUGAUAACUCUUCUGUAUUCAGAUAAGAGAUUUGCAUGAAGGCAUGCUGUACCUUAUAGCUCAUGCAUGGAGAACAAAAUUAUGAAGUAGCAAAGAGCAGCAGAGUCAUGGUGGCAUAAUUUUAGGUAUUCAUGUUAUGAAAUACCAGAAGAAAGCUAGAUGCACCUAUAAAAUUUGCAAUCAGUAUGUAAACUUUAGAACAGCGGGGGGAUAAUUUUCUUUCUGCUUUCCAUACCGCUAGCAACAGCGCACUCCAUAAUGAAUCCACUGAACUAGCCCCAGUUUAAAAAAAACCUACCUCACAGGGUGUUUAUUGUGAGGGGGGAAGGGCAAGGAGAUUGUAAGCCCCUUUGAGUCUCCUACAGGAGAGAAAGGGGAGAUAUAAAUCCAAGCUCCUCUUCUUAUGCCUGCCUUAUUUCGCAAAAUUUACUUUCAUUUGGUAUACUGAGGACACACAUAGCUUUAAUAUCCUUAAUCCAUUUGGUCAUAAUCUUUACCAAAUGUUAAAUCUGUCUAGGAUAUUAAAAGAUUCCAAGAAGAGUCACAGACUCAAGGAGUUGGAAAGGAUCGUACAGGCCAUCUCGUCCAACCCCUGUUCAAUGUAGGAUGAGCCUAAAGCAUCCCUGACAAGUUUUUGUCCAGCCACUACUUAAAGACUGCCAGUGAGGGAAGGUCACCAUCUCCCUAGGUAGCUGAUUCAACUAUUGACCAACUCUUACUGUAAAAUAUUUUUUUUCUAAUAUCCAGCCCACAUUUUUCUGCCCGUAAUUUAAGACCAUUAUUGAGAGUCUUGUCCUCUGUUGCCAAUAGGAACAACUCUCUACCCUUCUCUAAGUGGCAGCCUGUCAAUACUUAAAGAGAGCAACCAUGUCCUCCUUCUCCAGACUAAACAUGCUCAAGUCUUUUAGACUUUCCUCAUAGUCUCCAGGCCCCUGAUCAUCUGUGUUGCUCUCCUCUGCACCCACUCUCCUUUGGUUCCAGCUAUUUAUAGCAUGUACCAUAAUGGUGUAAAUUAAAUCAAUGUAACUCUGUUAGGUUUUGUUCAGAAACAACACUUAUCCACAGCCUUCCCUCUUCCAAGCUGACUUUAUCAAUAACUGCCUCUUGAAUCAAGACAUGGGGCUGAAAGUUAGCAAUGUGUUUGUGCAAAGAAGUAAUGCCCCUGAGCACAUGAGUAUUUACAUGCGAGCCUUCUGUUUGAGUGUGCGAGCUUUCAACCGAUAUUAAUGUUCCAAUCUACACCAUUAAAAUAAUAAAGCAAGGGUUGCAGAUCCUCUGCAACUAUGGGUUUGUAAUUGAAUUGUCUAAAAUGGUGUGAGGUUGAGGAGCAGGCAUUUCAUGGAUCCCAGCUUUCUCCUUCCCUUUCACUAUUAUUUUAAACAAAUGGAUUUUAGUUCAUAGGUGUAUAGAAGGGACUUAGUUAUGGCUCAUGCACUUAGCAAGAUUCCCUUUGGUCAGACGGUAGAGCAUCAGUGCCUUACAUAGUUCCCUGGUGCUCUUCCACAUAAUAAUCCUCUGUAUUCUACCAGUUCUCAUUCCCGCUCUGUUUCAUGUCCUCUAUCAUCCUAGGGUUGAAUCCAGCCAAAAUUGUUGCUCAGUCUUGCCCAGUCAUUCUUCUUAUUAUAUCCCCAUCUAAUAUGGCUUUUGAGCUACAGAUUCUAUGAUCUCUCCUUUUUCAGCAGUGGAAAAUGGGUUGUAUCCAAUCCACCGUCUUAAGUAAAAAUCCUAAAUGUUUUGAAAAUGCAAUUAUUUCAAGAUGAAUAAAUGUACACAAAAAGUUAGGAAUGCUUUAUCAUUAUCCCAUUCACAAAAUUUGGGGGGUUUUUGGGUGUAGCAUCUGGAUUUUCUGGUUCAGAAUACAUACAGCCCUGCAUAGGAUUAUCUUGUGCUGAUGCACCUUCCAGAAGCCGAAUAUGGGAAGUUGUGUGUCAGUGGCAGAAGAAAUGAAUAGCAGAAAUAAGAGUUUUAAGUUAGCAACAGCUUGAUACUGCUCACGUGUCAAUUUUAAAAAAUGUGUAGCAUAUAAAGUUUUGCAGACAUCUUAAUUUGUUUUUAAUGGAAUUUCUAUAACUUUUAAUAUUAACAUAUUGAUACUUUUUAAAAAUUUUGGUUUUUAAAUUAUCAGUUUGUAGCUAGAAUCAGAAUUAUAACUGCAUUGUUUGCUUGUUUAUUUAUUUGAAGUUAUAUUGUACACAUUAGACGAUUUCACACACACAUUGGGACAGAAACCUUCCAGGUUAUAGUCACAAACAUUUUUUUUACUUGGAUGCUUUCUCUCCUGUUCCUACUGUAUUCUCAUUGAGAAACAUAGGGAGCAAAUGUAAGCCAGCCUACUCAAGAAAGUAAGUCCCAUUUUAUUCAGUAAAGCUAGCUCUUGGGAAAGCGUUCUUCGGAUUGCAGCCAUAAAGAGGAAAACAGAUUCUAACCAGUUUAAAUGUAAAAUAAUUUCAGAUAGAAGGGGUCACUUGCUUCUGAACAGAUUUAUCUCUAGGAGUGGCAAAUCAGAAAGAUCUUUGAUCUCCUAAUGCUCUUUGCAUUGGGCAUUCUGGACUUCUAUUUCAAGGACUAUUUCAUCUUUUGCAGUAUUUUUUUUACAGAUAGUUAUUCUUCUUGAUCUGUACUGCAUUAGAACUGUUUUAAAUAUAAUACAGGGCCCAAAAGCUGUUCUUGUUUUUCUUCUUUCCACAAGAACAUAUUAGUAAAUUCAUAACCAGCCAUAUCAGCAUAUUUUGUUUUUCUAACUGCGGGGAAACAAAAAUAAACUUAUUCUUUUACUUUGGCUAUUGACUAGUAAUAUAUAUUGAUGAACUGCAUGACGGAGAAUAUUUUAGCACAAAUAACAGUAAACUACAUGACUACCAAGACAAAUGAAUAAAGCUGAUAAUUUUUUGUCAUA